AUUCGCAUGAAGUGGUUGUGUGGCAGUCAAGAUGAUACGGAGAGGCAGUGGCCGGACACCCCCAUUUAUUUUGGUGGGUCUCGUCUUAAUUGUACUUAUCUUGGGAUUUAAUUACUGGACACUCUCUUCUCAAAAUGCCGACUUACAGCAGGAGGUGGAAAAAUUACAAGCAGAGUUGAAGAUUAGUGCUAUGAAACAGGAACAAUCAGAGACUAAAAAUGCAGCGCUUCAAGAAACAGUUCAUGAGAUGGACAGUAUAUCUGCCAAUUUAAAAAAGAAACUAGAGGAAGAGAAAGAUGUCCUAAAGUCAAAAGAUCAUGAUAAUCAGAAGAAAGAAUACGAGAUAACCAGUUUGAAGAAUAAACUUGUGAAGCUCCAAGAACACAUUGACACCAUAACUCAGCAACUAGAAGAUCAUGAAGCAGAGCUUUCCAAAGCCAAGGAAACUAACAUCCACCUAGCCACUGAACGGGAUGAUGCUGUUGAAGCCAUUGCUGAAAAGGAUGCUCUCAUUAAUACACUGAAACGGCAGCUGGAACAGGAAAAAUCCAGAAGCAGCGCACUGCAAUACUCCGUGGACUCUCUUAAGAAGAAAGUUACCCAAACCUUCGGUGAAUUGACUGCAUGCCAGGAUAAGUUUUCUGACAUUGAAACCUUGGCAAAAUCUCUUAAAGCAAAGGAGCAGAAGGAAAAAUCAAGAAAUGGGAUUUUGAAGACCAAUGUGGAUACUCUGAACAUCAAAUUAGCAAACACUGUUGCUGAGCUUACAGAAUGCCAGGAUAGUGUGUCUAAGCUCAAAGCCUCAACAGUGGCACAUGAGACUGAGCACGUGAAGGCCCAGGAUGAGAUAGCAGCGGCUGAGCAUGAGAAGUUAGCUAUAGUGCAGCCGAAAAUAGUCCCAGGCCCUAUGAAUCUGCCCAGUGUUGAAUAUAAAGAGCCAUACCUUGGGCCUGGUCAGCUUGGCUACGUCUCGCGAAGAGCAGUCCACACUAGAGACUGGGGUAUGCACGGUAUCACAUUCCACCGUGAUAUUCCCAUCAUUCCAAGAGAUCCACCUAAUGCUCCUCGCAGCAAACCCAGGUUCAGUGUUGCUGACAUGGCCAACGAACCAGCAGCCCUCUCACAAAAUGGUGCUAACAUCGGUCAUGAUAAUGCAGCAGUGGAUACAUUAGUAGCCCCUCAGCCUAUCAACCAUGGAAACUCCAAUGAUGUAAACCUUCAUGUUGACCAAGGAAACCCUCAGAUCCAAGCCCCAGCCAAAAUAUACAAUGGUGCUGCCCCCCUACCGGAGUUCCAUGGUUUAGCCAAGCCCCGGUAUGGCCUGGUCACCCGGGCUCAGGUCCUCCAGCACCCUCGGGUUAAACCAGUUCAAGGUCCAGCAGUGGUGGAACAACCAGCAGUAAAGAAUCGUCCAGUUAUUGAACCCAUGAUUCCUGGUAAUGUUGAUGGCCAAGAUCCACAAAAAGAUGUUCUAGCUCCUCCACCUCAACACCAAGAGGACAAUCUAGACGCAGCUAUAGAUGAAGAGGGGAAAAUCGUUGAGGACCUAAUGGACGACCAAGAUGAGGAAGGCAAUGAUAUCAAGCACAACAAUGGCAAUAUGCAUGAGGAUAAUGGCCGAGAAGAUAACAAAGACCUUCCAAGAAGUGGAAACCAGAUAGGAGCUCUGGAAGUUCCUCAUCCUUUCCUUCCACAAGAGGAUACCCAUCAGGAUAUGAAUAUAGGAGAAGACCUUGGCAACCAAGGAAAUUACUAUGAAAAUAACCUUGAUAAUAACAUCCGUAAUCUUCAACGGCCUGAAUUUCACUAAUUUUUUAAUGUAGACAAGCAGCAAUCUUCUGUCAUUAUACAGUAGGUAAUUACUUUGAUAAGUUUCUAAGUGGUUUGUAGGAAAUUUUAUAUGGAAAUACUUUGUCAUGAUAUCCAUACAGUACUGUAUUAAAGAUUUGUAAUAAAAAAUGCAUUAGUAAAGUUUCCAAAUACUACGGUAAUACAAAAAGUAAAUAGAGUACGAUACUAAUGAGUUUUUAUAAAGCUCUCUUAAUGACCAUAUUCAUAAAUUCAUACAGUAUUUAAUUUUUAUAAUUCCUGCUGUCAAAGCUUUAUUUUUAAGACAACUAUUUUGUAAAAUUUUCAAAAGUAUCUGGGAAUAACUGCUAGUCACUUAAAACAAGUUGCAUGUUGAGAGAAGAGGGACUGCAAUACAAUAUUUUCCACUUAAUUAUAUAGAAUUUUGUAAUGCUUGUUUCUUAUGUAAGAAGAUAUUUUAAUAUUCUAUUGCAUUUGAACUAUUAAGCAAGAUUUACUAAUUUUUUAUACUAAAGGGAAAACAUUUGACUUUACAUUGUAACUAAAAAAAAAAUUAUCCUCAUUUUGACGAGCUGAUGCAGAGAUUCUGUGACCUAGAUGACCUCCUCUUAAAUACACAGUCAUCUUUGUGUGGAUUGUGUUUCUCAUCCAGGUACUUCUAGAAAUAUAGAAACAAACUGCAGUGAACCUUCGAUAUAACAUUCCUCUGUAUAAUGGACUUUAGAAAUACGGAACAAAAUGCACUAAGUCAGUCAAUUCAGAAACAACAGAUGAAGUCUGUUGGUUACAGAGUUGUCCAGCAUUACUUUUGUCACGGCAAAACAAUCUCUUCUUUAUCCACCACAAUUGCCAUCACCUGCCACCCACUCCACUCUAUUAGUCUGUUAUAUCGAGGCUUUACUAUAUAUUUAUUUCCCAUUGACCAUAUACAUUAUAAUAAUGAAUUAAUUUGUAUGUAGUAUAGUAAUGAAUAUGUAACCUAAAGCUCAAGGAAAAGAAACACAAAGCUGGUUCUUAUAAUUGGUUGGCAGUGAUCAUUUAUUCAUAUAUUUUUUCUCAUAGGUAUAAAAUAGUAAAAAAUGCUUGGGAUUUAGGAAUGCUCAUUUAGUAGCUCUAUUUCACACUGAUGUCUAAAUUAUAUAUAGAUAAUUAAUGUUAUAUGUAUUCAUGUGGAAGUGCUAAACCCAUGAGGAUCAUACAGUACCUGGGAAAUUGUAGGUAAUCAGGAAUGGUCCAAGAAGGUGAGGAUAGCUUGAAUUCCUUGGAUCAAGUACCUUUCACUAGCGCACUGAGGCCCUUUUCUUGAAGGUAAAUUGUAUGUAAAGGUUUUGUUCUGUUGUGCAGCUUGAAGAUAUUUUAGGAAGUGCAUUAUUUCCUUUAAAAAAAAAGAACACUGUUAAACAGCAUUAAGUACAUACCUGUGAAUACUGACAACCACAACCAGUUAAAGAGCUGUUUUGUAAUUCUGCUUAACCUUUGUGUUUACUUGUAAACUUUCUCUUCAGAUUAUUGAACUACAUUAUCUCUGGUUCCCACUGGCUGUAAUUUGACUGUUGAACUGUAUUUUGUUUAAUUCUGUAGUUACACUUGCUGUUACAAAUAACUUUCUUUUUGUUUGAAGACCAUUAGAACCUCAUUUCAAUCACUGAGCCCUAAAAAUAUGUCCUAUAUAUACCUAAUAAAUAGUUCCUUCAUGUAAUCAGAAUAAUGCAUGCAAAUAACACAAUAUUCAGGUGUACAUAUUUUGCAUUUGGAGUCUUAUGUUGUAAGUUCUUAAAGGAGGUUCCUUGAUGCCAGUGAGGAGUUGAUACAAAGAAAUUAACCUAUCCUUCCCUUCUUUAGAUCAAACCUGAUUGCCUCUCAUUUCCCCAGGUAUUGUAUGACCCCUACUGGUUUAAUAAUAAUUUUUAUAUAAUCUCUCAUUAAGGUCUGUUAAUUAACAUAUAUGUAUAUAUGCUCUGAGAAUGGGAGAAAUGGUGAGAAAUACUUUCUUCAUAACUUGUAAGGUUUUUUAAAGGUUAAUAGAGUUGUACAGAACAGUAUAAACCAUUUUUAAUCUAAUUUAGUGGGUAGUGAUUAUUUAAUGUUGAAAAGUUAAAUAUGUAGCUUAUCAACUCAUCCUCCUAAGCAAACCUUGGUUUCUACUGCGACAUAAGACUGUAAAGUGACUGACACUAAUGUGCAAGUCAGUAUUUUGCUGUUGUGCUUCCUCACUCCACCUGUUGGUUUCCCUCUUAUUGUUCAUGCAUCAGAUCAAUCUCAUCUUCAUGCAUUAUUGACAUUAUUAUUGGUUAAAUUUGGUUAAGUGACAUUAACGUAAAUAUUUUAUGCAGAAAAGUUGGUCUCCGCAUAUAAAGUAAAAAAAAAAAAAACAGUAUUGUUAGGAGGACAGGAUGAGCUUAUAGUGAAUCCUAUAGUGUCUUGUGUGGGGUGCAAGCUAUGUGAGACUGCAGUACUUGCCAUACCUGCAUUGAUGUGUGUGGUACACACAUACUGUAUAUAUGCCUCUGUAUCCUGAUCACCUGCAACUCACUUACCUAGACUCCACUGUGUUGAAGACAGUUAUUUUCAUAUUGUAAUAAUAUAUAUGAAAAAAGUAAUAAUUGUGUGUAUAUUGUAUUCAUUUGUCUAAUGAGUUAAUUAAGCAGUUCUACUUGUGAAUUUUUUUUUCUGAAUUUUAUUUACCGAAUAAAUUGAAAAAUAUUUUAGGAUGCACCAAUAAUGUUUUUUCUUCACUUUUAUAAUGUUUGUAAGUCUGUCAAUUACUCAAAUAAACAUUCCAGUUAUUUGAUAUAACAAAGUUGUAUAAUAAAAAUGAAAGUGGGAGAAGAUAAUUGCAGAUAGAAGAAAUGACGUCUUGGUGUGGCAUUUGUACAUUCAGUUAAGUGUGGUGUAAAUUUUUGUUGUAAUUGCUCUGCCUUGUGACAACCCUGUUCUAAUACUGGUACUGUAUUGGUAUUUAAACACCUUUUGGAAACAUUUUUGAAAAAAUUGGAAUAGAAUUCUCCUUUUGUAUUAUAUAAUGAAUGAUGUUGCAAAGUAAAAACAGUGAUUGCCAUGCACAAAAAUUCAUUUGAGCUUUGAAAUAGUAAAGUGUAAGUGUGAAGAGAUAUCAGUAUUAGAUUUGCAAGUACCAUAUAUGACAAUAAAAUACAAAGUGAAGAUGGUGGUCAUUAUAUCAUUUUUUUUCAAUAAAUGCAGUAUUAUAUGUAGUAUAUUACAAAAAUACUAGUUACAUUUUACUGAAUUUAAUAUUUUUUUUAUACUGUACUGUGCAUGAACACUGAUGUUAAACAAUUAAACAAUGUGCCAAAUAUUGAACUUUCUUCUAAUGCAUCAUUAUUUAAAUUAACUCAUUUUGAUAGCAUGAAUAACUAGUUCCAGCUAUAAUAAAAUAACUUAAUGUUCAGUAAUUCUGGAUUAUCAGUGGAGUAAAAUGUAAAUGUGUCAAGAGGGACUUUGCUACUAGUGAUGUCCACAGAGUUAAAAAUUACAUUUUAGUGAAGGCUUUAUUAAACUACUGAUCAAAAUAGUAUAAUUUUUUAAUAAAAGUCUGCUCUAUCUACAAGACAGUGAUUUACUAUGUAUCGGCUUACUGCCUGUCUUUCGGGUAGUCACCUGUCAAUUUGAGGCUCCACACAAACCUUUCCGGUAGAACACAACCUGAAGAUUAAAAAAAGAGACCUUUAGUUCUUAAAACUAGGAUUACCCAACAAAGCCAGGUACGGUAGUAUGGUUUACCUCUGCUGGGGGUCAUCCUCUAGGAUGUGACCCACAACAGCUGACUAACUCCUAGGUGAACAUGGGCAACAAAUGCAAGUAGAAUUGCUACAGUAUAUACCUCAACUGUCCAAAAUUUGAUUCCUUCACCUUAAGCCAGCCAAGAGUUCAGACAAAUUCAAAAAAAUAUUCUCCUAUUAAAAUUUAACUCAUAAAUAUCUAUACAGUUUCACUGCACAGUAUAAUUGUAAACACGGAGAGAAAUGGUGUACCAUACUGCUCUGAUGGCUGAAGACGCAAAGGCAGUAUGUAUAAUGCAUUAUACUGCUUUUGUGCCUUGAUCCAUCUAAUUGUAAACAUGUUUGCCUCAAGAAAAUUCACAGUAUUAUUUGUUACUUUAUAUAUUUUUCUUUUGUUGUUCUGUAUAUGAAAUGGCUGAUUAACAUGAGUGUGAUUAUAAAAUAUGGACACUUCUUCUUGGCUUUAUUACCCCACCAUUAAAUUGAACUCUCUUUUAAUCACAUUUUAUAAAGUAUUUCCAUGCUGUUUAAAUAGUUCAUUUUGGUAAACCAUCAUGCAAAACUAGUAUAAUACAAAACCUAAUACAUACGUACAUCUAAACAGAUUUGAGAUGAAUAAUAUCUUAAAUUUAUUCAAAGGUAUAAGAUUUCUGAUAAUUCAAUCUACUUUAAAAAUAGAUUUUAAGGGAGCCAAUUGGGCAUGAGAGAUGCUGUCCUUUAAGAGCAUCUACUGAACAAUAAAUUAAAAAAAUGAAUAAACUCAACCAAUUAAAUUUUUGCACAAAAUUUUUAAAUAGUAUUCUUGAAACAUUUUCCUUAGUUCAGAUGAAUAUAUAUUUCCAUAUUUUCUCUGUUCAGAUAAAAGUCUUGAGCAGCAUAAUGUAAACAUGCAGCACAAUGUUUCAAGUUUCAGUUGAAUACAUUUCUCAGAGAAUGAUAUUAAUCAUGAUUUUUUGUCCAUAAAUUCCAAAAAAUGUUUACAUUGAAUGAAGAUUGUUUUCUGUUAAUCUGUUAUGCUUCCCAUACUUUAAAUACUUCAGAUAAUGUUCUCAUUGCACAGUACUGUACUUUAUAUUUAGAUUACUUAAAUUUUAGUAGUAUGUACUGUAGAUAUAAUUAUACCGUAUAUAUUGUACUUUAUUGAUAUACGUAUAUGGUAAAUAAGAAGUUGGUAAGCUCACAGUAUCAUAUUUGGGAUACAGUAAAUUACGCUGUUCUUUUUUGUCUUCCAGGUUGAAUUUUAAUUCUCUUUCAUCUUUUGUAUGUAUUGAAAUUAUUACAAUACUGUAAUUCUCUAUCAUGGCAAUUUUCAAGGAAUAAUAAUGGUCAGAAUGAUGUUAUAUAUUGUACACUCAAUAUUAAGAGAUUUUUUUCCUAACUUCAUGUUCCUUACUGUAUGUAUCCAACUAAAAUCUACAAGCUAAUGUUUUUUCUGUAUGUUCAUAAACAGUGGCACACUAUAGUGCAGCACUUAAGGUGCUUGUCUGCUGCCCUGUCAUCAGCAGUACCUGUAGGGAUAGGUCAGAGUAGACAUGCUUAAGCAAAUGUACACAAGAUAUCAGCCAUUAUUUUAGAGAUAUAAUAUGAUCCCAUCAGAGUGACAAGGAGGAUCACCAGCACUGCAGGUCAAAAGGAAUUGAAGCUUCCUCUCAGCAGGAACUGGCUAAUGGUGACAUUUCUUAAUGUUACUGGUAAUACAUUUCUUUUUGAACACAUUUUGAAACUUGCAUAGUUCAGAUAACACAGAUCAUAUUGGUCAGCUACUACCUUACCACAAUUACAUACUGCAUUCUGGAAGUGAAUGAAGCUGUAAGACAGAGAGCGUGUAUAGUACAGUAUACAUAUUUUAUCUUCUUUUUAAGGACCACUGUGUUCCCAUUCCAGAUUUACUUUUAAUAUUAAAAAUAAAGCAGCACUUGUAUUUUUUUAAAGUAUCCACAGUCAAAUUCUUAAAUUAUAAUGACUUAAAAACCAGUAGAUAUUUAAAAAAUAUUUUCAGUUCAUGAUAGAACUAGUGUUAUACAGUACCUAGUUCAAAUACACUACAGUGUGAGCAGUGUACACGUAUACAUAUUUAUUUUUGGAAUUUUAAGUGAGAAAUAUAAGUAGACUUGAAUGAGUUGUGAAGGUUAUUUUAUGAUUGAAACUUUUCUAUAAAUAUUUUGCAAAAAACUGUAUUGAAUAUAUCAACAUACUGUAUAUAUCUGCUAUAAAAGAUAACUUUCCUGCACUGUAACUUAUUAUCUGUUUUCCUUUACUGACUCAUCAGCAUUUUAGACUAACAUGGAGCAGCUAUGAAGUUCUAUAAGCCAUGCAUGUCAUAAGAGGCAACUAAAAUGCCAGGAGCAGGGAGCUAGUGACUCCUUCUCCUGUAUAAUAUAUAACCAAAUAUAAAGAGUGUUUCUUCUUUUCGGGUCAUCCUGCAUCAGUGGGGGACAAUCAGUGUGUUAAUAAAAAUUUAAAUUGCAAUUUAAUUUUUCUUUGCAUUGCUAAUCCAUGUAACAUUAUAUGUCUUGGUUUUCCUAAUGGUGGAUUUUAUAAUUCUGUACAGUAAUAAAGUUGCUUAUGAAUUUAUUUACAAGACUCAGACAUGCAUGUACCAAGCAGACACUUUCCAUCCACUGAUUGCAUUAUACUUAAACUAUACAGUACACAUGAUUUUUCAUUGUACAUGCACUGCACCAAAUGACCCAUAUAGAUAUAGUAUUUUCUUUUUGUGAAUACAGUGGACCCCCGGUUAACGAACUUUUUUCAUUCCAGUAGUAUGUUCAGGUGCCAGUACUGACUGAAUUUUUUCCCAUAAGGAAUAUUGUGAAGUAGAUUAGUCCAUUUCAGACCCCCAAACAUACACGUACAAACGCACUUACAUAAAUACACUUACAUAAUUGGUCGCAUUUGGAGGUGAUCGUUAAGCGGGGGUCCACUGUAUACUAAUAAUGGUACAGGUGCAGGAAAUCUCACAAAUGAAUACAGCAGGAAAGAAAAGGGUAAAAUUAAAGCUGUUUUAAGUGAGGCUUAGAUUGUGCCAUUUCCAAUGUUCCAUUGACAUUUACUGUACGUACAUUGGUUUGGUAUGGCCACACACUUCUUAUUGUAUAUUUUGCAUGCCUGCCAAUGUUAACAUUUCUAUUUUAAUAAAAAAAUUAUAUUAUAAAUUACUAUUUUUUUAAUUGCAGCUGAGGUAAACAUUUUCAUGGUUAUUGACGUUUCCUUUGAUAUUUAAGUGUCUGACUCGGGAGUGUAAUUUGUAAAGGGAUUUGUAGUUUAUUUUAUUAUCUGAAAUAUCUAGUCAUUCUGUACAUUACUUCAUUAAUGAAAAGUGUGUUCAAAUGUUCACUGAAAGGUUUUCAAAGUGGUUCAACAUUCAGACUUAUAAGGAAAUUUGCUCUUAUUUUACUGUUAUUUAAAGUUUCAUAAUUAAUUACAGUGGAACCUCAAAAAUCGAACUGCUCCCAACACAACCAAUUAUGUAAGUGUAUUUUUGUAAGUGCUUUUAUAAGUGUAUUUUUGAGGGUCUGAAAUGGACUAAUCUAAUUUACAUUAUUCCUGAUGGGAAUAAAUUCAUUCGGUAAAGGCACUCGAACAGCCUUCUGGACUGAAGAAAGUUCGAUAUUUGAGGUUCCACUGUAAUAAUAUUAUGUCUUCAUGUCAAAUGUCAUAUUUUAAUUGUUUUAUCAAAUCUGAGAUGAAGUCCACCUGCAGAGCAUAAAAAAUACCCAGAACAUGCACAUUUUUGACCUUGUAUUCUUUUUGUAUUUAUUCUAUUGUACUAAUAAAAAUAAGUCAAAUUUUUUUGCAAAUGGAGAUGAAAAUUUUUUAAUCGUCUUUUCAGUUUAUUAUUUAUGUGUGGUUAAUUAUAUCAGAUGAUUACUGUAAUGUUCACUUUAAAGAAAUUUUGCUAAUACUAACUGCAAGACUAUGAAGGAGGAAAAUUCAAAAUAUUGAUAAUACAUACUGUGUUUCAUUAUUUUUACUUUUAUUUAUAUUGUUCAUUAUUUUGAGUAAUUGUCAACUAUUCAUUGUUUCUAAUUUGUAUUUUUGUGAACAGAAUCAGUUCUUCAGUAUGACAGUAGUGAAAAUAAAACAAGUUAUUAUAUUAAUACUUUAAAUAUUUGUAAAAAAUAUUUAUAGUUUAUUUGCUUUUGUUUCUAAACAUUUCAUGACUGACUUGUGAAUGUCAAUUAAAGAUGUACAGUUGCCCUGUCAAAGUAGUCAGGUUUUAGCUCCACUUUUUUAAUAUUUCUAUGGAGUUAAGUUUAAAUUGUUAGGAGUAUCAAAGUGUAAUAACCGCUUGUCAGGAUCGAGAUGAGAAAGAGGCGACAUGUAAGCAGAAACAGAUGAAGGGAGAUUUGUAUAUGUAUAUAUAUUUUGACCUACUGGGAUUACUCUGAGCAGAGAAUCUCAUUUGGAAGAUGAAAUAUAGGGCUCUUAUCUCAUCUCCGUGUUAUGGUCUACAUGUUUUUUCUUUGUAUUGUUAGAUAUGCAGAUGUUAACAUUGGGGCUAAUACAGUAUAAUUACAAAACCUAUGUACCCUUAUAUUCUUUUCUGCAAAUGCAUCUUUUCUAAUUUUUUGAAGUUCUCUAUAAUUAAGGUUGUGGAUACAUACUUUUAUUUUUGUGGUGCUGUUAAUUGCUCAUUUAAAAUUUGAUUAACAAAUGUUUUGUUUUAAAAUAUCUAGAAUUCCUAUAAAAUUUAAAUUAAAAAUUAAUUAAUUUCAUUUCAUUACUGGCAGUGAUUAUGUAGAGAACUUUUGAAUGGCAACAGUACCUCAAUAACUGUAAGAGAAAUUGAUGAUCAAAUAUGCACAAAUAUGUUCUGGAGGAUGUGUGAUUAUUAUUAUAGAUGUAAAGUGUACUUGUAUGAUCAAAGCUGUGUACAGUUUGUUAUAAAUAAAGUGGUGCUCACAG